AUGAGCAGUAGCGAGCCAAACGGCCUUGAGCCCAGGAAGAAAGUUGUGGUCGUCGGAUUGGGUAUGGUCGGUAUUGCCUUCAUAGAAAAGCUCCUCAAGUACGAUGUCAAACGCCACGAAUACGACGUCGUAGUCAUCGGCGAGGAGCCGCACCUGGCAUACAACCGCGUGGGCCUGACGAGCUUCUUCCAACACAGGCAGGUGGAGAACUUGUACCUGAAUCCAAAAGAAUGGUACUCGAGUAUGCCCGAAGGCUCGCUAAGCUACCACGUCAAUGCAAAAGUCACCGAAAUCAGACAAGAUGAAAAACUCGUCGCAACGACAUCGGGCGAGAAGGUGCCGUACGACAUCCUGGUCCUCGCCACCGGCUCAGACGCCCUGCUUCCACGGCACACGCCAGGCCACGAUGCGAAGGGCGUCUUUGUGUAUCGCACCAUCGACGAUUUGGAGCAGCUGAUCAAGUUCGCGAGCACCAAGAAGGGAACGACGGGCGCCGUCGUGGGCGGCGGCCUCCUCGGGCUGGAGGCCGCCAAAGCAAUGAUGGAUCUGGAGGAUUUCGGAGAGGUCAAGCUGAUUGAGAGGAAUCGAUGGGUGUUGUCUAGGCAGUUGGACGGCGAUGCCGGCGGCAUGGUUGUGGACCAAGUCCGGGCCCUGGGGCUCGAUGUGCUGCUGAGUAGGCGGGUGGGCGAGGUUCUCACCGACGAGGAUAACUCGGUCAGGGGCGUCAGGUUUGAGGACGGGGAGGAGAUGGAUUGCUCGUGUUUAUGCUUUGCGAUUGGUAUCAAAGCCCGCGACGAACUGGCGCGCCAGGCGGGCAUCAACUGUGCGGACAGAGGCGGCGGCAUCGUCGUCGGGAACAACCUUCAGACCUCGGCCCCGGACAUAUACGCCAUCGGAGAGUGCGCCAGUUGGGAAAAGCAGACCUUCGGACUCAUCGCCCCGGGCGUGGAGAUGGCCGACGUGCUCGCUUUCAAUCUCACCCAGGCGAAAGCGCACUCGCUACGCAAAUUCAAACGGCCGGAUCUGAGCACCAAGCUCAAGCUCCUCGGGGUCGAGGUUGCGAGUUUUGGCGACUUCUUUGCUGAUCGGGAUGGCCCCAAGGAGCUCCCAGCUCGUCGCGGCGGCGGGGAAAAAACAGGUGUCGUUGACCAGGUCAAGGCGCUCACAUACAAGGACCCGUUUCAGCAGGUAUACAAGAAAUACCUGUUUACGAUGGAUGGCAAGUAUCUGCUUGGGGGUAUGAUGAUCGGAGACACCAAGGACUACGUGAAGCUGGUCCCAAUGGUGAAGAAUCAGAAGCCUCUCGAGAUGGCGCCCGGCGAGUUGAUUGUCGGGGCCAAGAAGGGCGACGACGAUGGUGCUGAAGAUCUUGAGGAUGACACUCAGAUAUGCUCGUGCCACAACGUCACAAAAGGGGGCGUUGUCGAGAGCGUCAAAGACGGCACGUGCAAGAGCAUCGGCGACGUCAAGUCCUGCACCAAGGCGGGCACCGGCUGCGGUGGUUGCAUGCCGCUCGUGCAAGCCAUCUUCAACAAGACCAUGGCGUCGAUGGGCCAGGAGGUCAAGAACCACCUCUGCCCGCACUUUGAGUACUCCCGCGCCGACCUGUUCAACAUCAUCUCGGUCAAGAAGCUCGACUCGUUCGGAAAAGUCAUGGCGGCAUGCGGCAAAGACGCGGCAUCGGUGGGCUGCGAAGCGUGCAAGCCGACAAUCGGGUCGAUUCUCGCGUCGCUGUUCAACAAGCACAUCGUCGACGGGCCCCUCCGCGGUCUCCAGGACACCAACGACAAGUUCCUGGCAAACAUACAGCGCAACGGCACCUUUUCCGUCAUCCCGCGGGUGUCGGGCGGCGAGAUCACGGCAGACAAGCUCGUCAUCAUCGGCACGGUGGCCAAGAAGUACGGGCUGUACUGCAAGAUCACGGGCGGGCAGCGCAUCGACAUGUUCGGGGCCAAGAAGCAGGACCUGGUGGCCAUCUGGGAGGAGCUGAUCGACGGCGGCAUGGAGAGCGGGCACGCGUACGCCAAGUCGCUGCGCACGGUCAAGAGCUGCGUGGGCACGACGUGGUGCCGGUUCGGGAUCGGCGACAGCGUGGGCAUGGCGGUGCGCCUGGAGGAGCGGUACAAGAGCAUCCGCGCCCCGCACAAGAUCAAAGGCGGCGUGUCGGGCUGCGUGCGCGAGUGCGCCGAGGCCCAGAACAAGGACUUUGGCCUCAUCGCCACCGAGAAGGGCUUCAACCUCUUCGUCGGCGGCAACGGCGGCGCCCGCCCGCGCCACGCCGAGCUGCUGGCCAAGGACGUGCCGCCAGACGACGUCGUCCCCAUCCUCGACCGCUACCUGGCCUUCUACAUCCGCACCGCCGACAAGCUGCAGCGCACCGCCCGCUGGAUCGAGGCCCUGCCCGGCGGCAUCGCCUACCUGCGCGCCGUCGUCCUGGACGACAAGCUGGGCAUCUGCGCCGACCUGGAGCGGCAGAUGGCCGACCUGGUCGGCUCCUUCUUCUGCGAGUGGACCGAGGUGGUCAAGGACGCCGCCCGCCGCCGCCUCUUCGCCCAGUUCGCCAACACGCCCGAGACCGUCGCCCCCGCCGUCGAGCCCGUCGUCGAGCGCGAGCAGACCCGCCCCGCCUACUGGCCCAAGGACAGCGCCACCCACGACUUCCGCCGCCACCCCUGGCGCGGGGCCCUCGCCUGGCAGCCCCUGCUCGAGGCCAGCCGGUUCCGCGACCUCCCCGCCGGCGACUCGCACGCCGUCAAGCGCGGCGGCACCCAGCUCGCCGUCUUCAAGGUCCGGGGCCGCUUCUACUGCACCCAGAACAUGUGCCCGCACAAGCGCGCCUUCGUCCUCGCCGACGGCCUCGUCGGCGACGACCUGUCCAAGGACAAGAUGUGGGUCAGCUGCCCCUACCACAAGCGCAACUACGAGCUCGCCGGCGACGGCGCGGGCCGGUGCGCCAACGACGACGCCGUCAGCAUCGCCACUUUCGCCGCAGAGCAGCGCGACGACGGCUGGGUCUACGUCCUCCUGCCGCCCGUCGACGAGCUCGACGCCCUGCUCGGCACCGAGCGCUGGACGGUGCGCCGCGACGAGGCUGGUGCUGGCCCUUUCGACAAGCUCGAUCGGAAGCUGGAGCGUGCCAAGGGCGCCCGGGGUCGGAAGGUCGUCGACGGCGUUGAGGAGCGGAAGAGCCAUCUCGAGAACGGCUUGGGAGGGCCGGCGAAGGCGAGGCAGAUCUUGGCCGGGGGUGGUGCCGAUGGGAUGGAUUGGUGA